AUGCUGCCGCGGCGGCCGCGAGACCCGCUGCAGUCCCUGCGGCGCCGGGGCCGCGAGCUGAAGCUGCAGGUUGAUAGUUUGCUUUCUGAGAGUCAAUUGAAAGGAGCUCUAGAAACCAGUAAAAGGCGAGAUAUUUACCAAAGGUGUAUCCAAUUAAAACAGGCAAUUGAUGAAAAUAAAAACGCUCUUCAAAAAUUAAACAAAGCUGAUGAACCUGCCCCUGUUGGAAACUAUCAUCAGAAAAAGGAGGAGGAGCUCAGCCUCUUGGACAGCCUGACCCACCAACUGCAGGAGCUCGCCGUGUCCGUAAGCAGAGAAAGUAGAACCGAAAUUGAGGCACUUACCGAAAGAGAGGAAGAUAAUGAUUUUGCUGAAGAAGAUGAAGAAGACAACGAUGUUGAUAAAGAAGAAAGUGAAGAAAGUAGUGAGGAGGAGGAAGAAACAGAAGAGGAAGAGGAAGAGGAAGAAGAAGAGGAAGAGAAACAGGAAAAUGAAUCUCAAUGGCAGGCAACAGAUGAAGAAUACAUUGCUGUUGGAGAUUUUACUGCUCAGCAGGCUGGAGACCUUACAUUUAAGAAAGGGGAAAUUCUCCUUAUAACAGAAAAACACCCUGAUGGUUGGUGGAUGGCUAAAAAUGCCAAAGGAAACAAAGGUCUCGUUCCCAGAACCUACCUGGAGCCCCAUCAUAAAGAAGAGGGCCACGAGUCAAGUGAAGAAGGCAGUGAAGGCGAUGCGGAGGUGGCGGAAGAGACAGCACAGGGAGCACAAGCUGAGCAUAGAACUGAUUCUCACUGGAGUGCUGUCCAAAAAGCUCUCUCAGAGCAUCUUCAGCAGAUAAACACUGUUGAUGUGCUGACCACGAUGGGAGCCAUUCCUGCUGGGUUCAGGCCAUCCACACUCUUCCAGCUGCUGGAGGAAGGGAAUCAAUUUCGAGCAAGUUACUUCUUACAGCCAGAGCUCACUCCUUCACAGCUGGCCUUCAAGGAUCUCCUGUGGGAUGCUAAGACAGGCACUAUUAGGUCAAGAGCAAGUCGUGUUUCCUUGAUUCUGACCCUUUGGAGCUGUAAAAUGAUUCCUGUUCCGGGAGUGAGCAUCCAGCUCCUCAGCAGACACGUGCGCCUCUGUCUGUUUGAUGGCAAUAAGGUUCUGAGCAACAUUCAUACAGUCAGAGCCACAUGGCAGCCUAAAAAGCCCAGAACAUGGACCUUUUCUCCUCAGGUUACUGGCACCUUGCCGUGCUUGCUUGAUGGUGAUUGUUUUAUCAGGUCCAAUUCUGCAUCUCCUGAUCUUGGAAUAUUAUUUGAACUUGGAAUUUCUUAUAUUCGUAAUUCAACUGGUGAAAGAGGAGAAUUAAGCUGUGGCUGGGUGUUUCUUAAACUUUUUGAUGCCAGUGGAAUUCCUAUUCCAGCAAAGACUUACGAGCUCCUCCUGAACGGUGGCACCCCUUAUGAAAAAGGUGUGGAAGUGGACCCUUCGGUAUCCAGAAGAGCACAAGGGAGUGUUUUCCAUCAGAUGAUGAUGAUGAGGAGGCAGCCGCAGCUUCUAGUAAAACUGAGGUCUUUGAACAGAAGAUCAAGAGACCUGUUAAGUUUACUGCCGGAAACAUUAAUUGGAAGCAUGUCCUACAUUCAUUUGUUGAUAUUUUAUCGCCAAAUUCUUGGAGAUGUACUCCUGAAAGACAGGUUGAGCAUGCAAAGUGCUGAUGUGAUCAGUAAUCCUGUACUGGCCACCUUCCCCAAGCUCUUGGAGCAGCCUGACGUGAUGGAUGCACUCAGGAGUUCGUGGGCUGAGAAAGAAAGUACAUUAAAAAGAUCAGAGAAGAGAGACACAGAGUUCCUGAAGGCCGCGUUUCUCCUCGUUUACCACGACUGUGCGAUGCCCCUUCUCCACUCCACACUCCUGCCCCCGUUCAGGUGGGCAGAAGAAGAGACCGAGGCCGUGCGGUGGAAAGUCAUCGCUGACUUCCUGAAGCAAAACCGAGAAAACCAGGGCGCGCUCCCAGCUCUGCUGUCACCAGAGGGUGUCCAUGAACCUUUUGACAUUUCAGAGCAGACCUACGACUUCCUGGGUGAAAUGAGACAGAAAGCAGCCUGA